CAAACCUAAAAUUUCUCUAGUCUUAUCGCCGACAAGUCCUAAGAAUGUCUCACAGAAAGUUUGAGCAUCCAAGACAUGGUUCCUUGGGUUUCCUUCCAAGGAAAAGAGCUAACCGACACCGUGGAAAAGUGAAGGCGUUCCCUAAGGAUGAUCCAACUAAGCCUUGCAGACUCACAUCCUUCUUGGGAUACAAAGCUGGGAUGACUCACAUUGUGAGAGAGGUUGAAAAACCUGGAUCAAAGCUCCACAAGAAGGAAACAUGUGAAGCUGUGACUAUAAUUGAGACACCUCCAAUGGUGGUUGUUGGUGUGGUUGGGUAUGUGAAGACACCUCGUGGUCUACGUUCUCUAAGUACUGUGUGGGCUCAGCAUCUGAGUGAAGAAGUGAGGAGGAGGUUCUACAAGAACUGGGCCAAGUCAAAGAAGAAGGCUUUCACUAAAUACUCAAAGAAGCAUGAAACUGAUGAAGGUAAAAAAGACAUUCAAAGUCAAUUGGAGAAGAUGAAAAAGUACUGCACUGUCAUCAGAGUUCUUGCUCACACUCAGAUAAGGAAAAUGAAAGGACUAAAGCAGAAGAAGGCACAUCUGAAUGAGAUUCAGAUCAAUGGUGGAGAUAUAGCAAAGAAGGUUGACUUUGCCUGCAGUUUGUUCGAGAAGCAAGUGCCUGUUGAUGCCAUUUUCCAGAAAGAUGAAAUGAUCGAUAUCAUUGGUGUCACCAAAGGAAAAGGGUAUGAAGGUGUGGUAACAAGAUGGGGUGUGACCCGUCUUCCAAGGAAGACUCAUCGAGGACUCCGAAAGGUGGCCUGUAUUGGUGCCUGGCAUCCAGCUCGAGUCUCCUACACAGUGGCUAGAGCUGGGCAAAACGGGUACCACCACCGUACUGAGAUGAACAAGAAGAUUUACCGGGUUGGGAAAGUUGGCCAAGAGACUCACUUGGCCAUGACCGAGUACGACAGAACCGAGAAGGAUAUUACACCAAUGGGAGGAUUUCCACACUAUGGGAUAGUGAAGGAAGAUUAUUUGAUGAUCAAGGGAGGUUGCGUGGGGCCUAAGAAACGUGUGGUGACUUUAAGACAGACUUUGUUGAAGCAGACGUCUAGGGUUGCUACGGAGGAGAUCAAGCUUAAGUUCGUUGACGUUUCUUCCAAUUGGGGACACGGUCGUUUCCAGACUUCUCAAGAGAAGGCCAAGUUCUAUAAUAAAGCCAUCAAAGCUUAGAUUUUUAUUAUUCAAAUCCCAUUAAAACAUUGUUUUGUCU